AUGCACGAGUUUUUCUUGACAUUCCCAUUCUUUGAUCAGGCGCCAAAGGACUUUUUUAGCAACAAGGUGCAGGUGUUUGUCGAGCGCAUGUUGGAACGCAACAUUAUAUCUGUCAGUGAAGGUGAUGAAUCACCUUCUGGUAUAUCAGGUAUGUUGCGUCGGUCCGAGAAAUACUUGAGUAUGCUUAUUGGAUCGGCCUUGCGCGUUAGAGGUGUGCAAGAAGAGAUUGUGCGCAUCAACGACCAGGACCGCCAGCGCCUCUCUGCACUCGAUGCACAGCGCAAAAGUGCCUUGGGACAAACGAAUGCCAAAGCCUCCAUUAAUAUUGUCGGUGUGCGUACGGUCGUUGAGCGAGGUAUUGUUCGCUCCUCCUCUCACAAUGAAUUCCUUGUACGUACCGAGUUCGAAGAGCAAGCGCAAGUGGUUUCUCGGCGUUAUCGGGAUUUUGCCAAAAUGCACAAGGAGCUGGCAGCCAAGUUUCCUUCCGAAGACUUGCCAGAAUUGCCACCCAAGGACCACAGCAGUGUCAAGGUCAGUGGUGUGCUACAGGACGAGGACAGCGAUGAAUACAUGGAUAUGACUGCUACAACACCCAGUGAACUUAUGAGAGAAAAAAACCGUCUUACACUACGUGCCUAUCUGCGCAGUCUCUUCUCCAUUCCAGCUAUUGCCGACAGUGAUACCCUCCGCGCCUUUCUAACAGAUGCACCAACAACUCUUAGCUCGGCCGAUCUUACGGAUAUUGACACACGACGCAAAGCAGACGCAGUUCGAGAGGAAGAACACAAAGAAUUCUCAGCCAAAAUGACGGAGCGGGUUCGCGUCCUGCGAGAACAUAUGGGCUCUUUUAAGGCAAUGCUUAUGGAGCCAGAUGGCCUAAGCAAGGUGUUCCAGACGAUUCGCCAAUGUCCCCGUUCAAGUCAGCUACCACCCGAGUACCGUGUGCUGCUGGACUGGGCGACAGUCUCCAUGGCAUCAGGUUUGUUUACCAUGUUUGUCGGACGUGACUCGUCAUCCAGCGCCUUUGCUCAACUCAAGUACAUGCACUCGGUCAUGCCAUACUUCAUGGUCCGCAGCAUUCUCAAAAUUUCAAAUCCUAUCGCGAUGAUGCGAUCUUUUUUGGACUUGUUUUUGGUGCAACCAUUCGGUCAAAAGAGUUUGGUACAGCGUAUGUUUACCGGUCGGCUCCAAGAAGAAAUUAGUGAGAUGAAGCAGUUGUCGCACAAUGUACAGACAAAAGUCCCUGACCCUCUGUUUUGCCAAAAGGUGGAUGCUUAUGUGUCCAUGACUCACGGCAUGCAGCAGCUCUUUAAUGAACAGGCCGCUGCUGAGCAGGUGGAUGAGCUGACCGUGGUGCUUCGUUCGCCUCUAUAUUGCGAACUAAAUGAACGGCAGCUUCAACGUAUAUCACGCGCUUCGGUUGCCUACCGCGAUUUCCAGCGUCGUCGGAAGCGGGCAGUCGCUCGUGGUGCCCCGGAGCCAGAACCAGAUAAUGACGAUGCAUGGCUUCUUGAAGAUUUGCAUGUGUACAUGAAUUUGCAAAGGGCCAUCCGCCAAAAAGAGCAAUUGGUGAGCUUAAUAGACGACAGCGCGACCACCGACUUGCUUAAAGACAUGAUCACCAUUUUCUACGCGCCGCUAGCGCAAGUCUAUCGCGCCGCAAACAUUGGCGAUACACUCGGGGAUGUCCAGACCUUUGUUAACGAUCUGAUCAAGACGGUAGAAGAACACCAAACAUGUGCUUUUAUCAGCCUGGUUCAGCGCCACGAACAAAUGUUUUACAAUUUUGUGUAUCAGGUACACACCAAGGGCUCGAAUCUGUUUGUACGUUUGGUGCAGUGGGUGGAACACUUUAUCAACUAUGUUCGGGACCCCAAGGAGCCCGAGUCUUGUGGACUUGGUUAUAUUGAUCUUGAGCGGUGCUUACCACCUCGAGGCGAGGAGCGAAAACAAGUCCUCCGCGAGGUGGAUGGAGCCAUCCAGCAGGCCUAUCACCUCAAGCUACAGCGGGAGCUAAAAAUGCGUCGGAAAAUGGCACAUGCAGCGGUCACAGGGGCAGCGAACCAUCACGCUGAAGACGAGGCCUUCAUUUCAGCCAUGUCAGAGAACUUUGGGUUCGGUUCAUCCCUUCAGGAUGAAGUAGCUGAAUUGGGCGAUGACAGUGCUUCCGAUCCGGAGUAUGACGAUGAUGACAGUGACAAUGAAACAGAGCCGGAAGAGGCGGAUGCACGAGCAUCUUUCCACCAAAUGCGACUGGCGCAGACGAAUCAAGGGCCGACACCCUUCUCGACCAAGUCAAUCGAACGUAUAUUGCCCCUCUUUGUCGAGCAGCUGGUGCCAAAACUGUCGAACAGGUAG